CGGAGAGGAGCGGAGCACAGCACACAGCUCCGCCAGCCCGGCCGGCGCUGCGGGAGGCGGCUGCCCGAGCGGGGCCGCCCCCGCGCCGCUCCCGCCGCUUGCACCACUGGGAAGAUGGAUGGGCACGUCCUGGGAUGGAUCGUCCUCCUGUGGCUCGCAGCUGAGGUGGAAGGGUUGCAGGUCACUGUGCCUGAGAAGAAGAAGGUGGCCAUGUUAUUUCAGCCUGCUCUGCUUCGCUGCCAUUUCUCUACUUCUUCCACCCAACCUGCUGUGGUGCAGUGGAGGUACAAAUCCUACUGCCAGGACCGGAUGGGAGAAGCUCUGGGUAUGGUGACUUCUGGUUUGCAAACAAUGAGCAAGAGGAACCUGGACUGGGAUCCCUACCUGGACUGUGUGGACAGCAGGAGGACAGUGCGUGUCGUGGCCUCCAAGCAGGGAUCUGCCAUCACCAUAGGAGACUUCUAUAAGGAAAGAGAUGUCAGCAUUGUCCACGAUGCAGACCUGCAAAUCGGGAAGUUAAUGUGGGGAGACAGUGGCCUCUAUUACUGCCUUAUUAUCACACCAGAUGAUGUGGAGGGCAAGAAUGAAGAAUCAGUGGAGCUGCUUGUGCUUGGCAGGACAGGGCUGCUUGCUGAUCUCUUGCCCAGUUUUGCUGUGGAGAUUAUGCCAGAGUGGGUCUUUGUGGGCCUGGUGAUCCUGGGGGCGUUCCUGUUCUUCCUGCUGGUGGGGAUCUGCUGGUGCCAGUGCUGCCCGCACAGCUGCUGCUGUUACGUCCGCUGCCCCUGCUGUCCCGAGUCCUGCUGCUGUCCCCGGGCACUGUAUAUAGCAGGCAAAGCAGCAAAAGCUGGGUACCCUCCUGCGGUCUCUGCCAUGCCAGGUCCAUACUACAUCCCCAGUGUUCCUGUUGCUGGUGUCCCAUCUCCUGCUGUGCUGAUGGAUAAGUCACACCCCCCUCCUUUGGCCCCAAGUGAGGCCAGUGGAGGAAGCCAAAAUGCAGUGCGCAAGGGGUACAGGAUCCAGGCUGACAAGGACAGGGACUCCAUGAAGGUGCUGUACUAUGUGGAGAAAGAGCUGGCUCAGUUUGACCCAGCUAGGAGGAUGCGAGAACGAUAUAACAACACGGUGUCGGAGCUGAGCUCGCUGCACGAGGAGGAGCUGAAUUUCCGCCAGCCCUACCGGCAGGCGCGCAGGAAACCUCUGCCGCCCGCGGGGGACAGGGACAGCGACGCCGAGUACUGGGCAGGAGCCGUGGGGGGAGGCAGCACCUCCAGGGCACAGGCUGUGUCUGACUACAGGGAUGAGAGGGACAGCUACUGGCACAGCCAGCAGAGAUCCAAGUCGGAGAUGCUGUCCCGCAAGAGCUUCUCGGUGGGAGUGCCGGCCGUGUCCAUGGACGAGCUGGCGGCCUUUGCCGAGUCCUACAGCCAGCGGCCGCGGCGGGCAGACAGCCAGGAGCUGCGGCGCCUGGAGCCGCACGGCGGGCGGCCGCCGCGCCAGGACGGCUCCGUGGAGGAGUACUACAGCAAGCGCUGCCGGGCCGGCCGCGACCCGCCGGACUCGGAGCGCGGCUGGUCCUACAGCCCGCCCCGCCGGCGCGCCCACGAGGAGAAGCACCUGCCCCGGCUGGUGAGCCGCACGCCCGGGGGGAGCCAGAAGUACGAUCACUCCUACCUCAGCAGCGUGCUGGAGAGGAAAUCCCGCAGCUACGACGAGGGCGGUGACCACUGUGCCACCCCCUCGAAGCUGAGCUCGCAGCCCAGCCAGAGGGGAGGCAGCACCUACUAUGCCUGGUCGCCACCCUCCACCUACAAGGCCGAGAAGCCGCAGGCGCCGCCGCAGUCGUCGUCCCCCGAGCAGGACGAGGAGGAGGAGGAGGAGGACAGCCUGCCUCCCUACAGCGAGAGGGAGCUGAGCCGGGGCCCUUCCUACAGGGCCAGGGAACAGGCCUACCUCAAUGCCUCUGACAAGAAGAGGAAAAAGGACCCCAAGAAAACAGUGAGGCCAUGUCUGGUGGUCCUGGUCCAAAUAGGCUGAGUGGAGAGCCACCAGGCAGGGGUUACUAACCAGAGGCAAUGGGUUUUCCAGGAGGGUGACACCUGGAGUCUGGGUGUCACGCCCUGGGGGAAAGGGGGAAUGAAGGAACUGUGGGUGUAGGAAGCCAGAACUCCUAUACCCCUACUCCUAGCUCCUCCAUGGAGCUCCAUGGGCACAGGAGUCCAUGAUGGAGGGGAAAGCCAGAUAUUCCUGGGACUGGGCAGGUAUGGGAUGUCUUUGGCAUCUGUGGCCUGAUAAUUCAAGGUGGUGGAAGUUUAUCUAAUAGAGUUCAGGAGGAUUGUGGUAGAGAAGUUACCCAGGCCUUACAGAUAUUAUAGAGCUUCGCUUUGGCCUUGAUCCUUGUUAAGGAAGGGUUGAGAGGCUCUUGUUCUUCUGGACUGGCACAGGGCUGGUAGCAGGGCAUGAUGUAAGAGACAUUUUUCUGAAAGAGGUGAGAUCACAGACUCCUGUGGGCCCAUGGGCUUCUGUGGGGGCCAUCAUGCCAAAGGCAUUCCUCACCCAGGGUUCCAGCAAGUGAAGAACAUCCUGUCACAGUCCAAGCUAGUGAGGGCUGAUGAGUUCAUGGUUGCUGGUUGCUAACCCAGCUGGGGAAGUCUGUAUGAGGGAGACUUUAUCAUUAGAGUAGCUUGCCUGUGGGAGAGAGGACUGGAUGUGAGUGGACAAAGCUGUUGCUGUUUAGUUGUGUCUUUGUCAAAGCCUUGUCUGUCCCUUUGUCUGUUCCAAUGAAAGCUUUCCUGUUGACAUGUAAUCUUCUCUCUUUCCUCUCAGAAUGAUUUCCCAACAAGGAUGUCCCUUGUGGUUUGAAGUUGUUGUGGACCUGUCAUGUUGAUGGGCUGGAUAUCAUGAGGUGACUGCAGGGGAGAAGAUGCAGAGCAACAAGCAAGACAUGCCUCUGUGAACCUUUGCAGCCAUCAGCCAUGGACUGUUUCAAUUUUAUGUUUCAUCCAGGGGAGCUGAGGCUUUUGUAAGAGACAGACUCCAAUGGACAGCACUCAAUCUGAGAAGGCUCUGGGAGCCUGCCAGGAAAAUGAGCCUGGGGCUCUCUUUGGCACCCUGUUUUCCAGUGCCCUCCACUCUGCACUGGACAGCAGCCUCAUCCCUACUGCCCCUGCAGCCCUGAACUACAAGUGAGGCUGCCUUUGUGCCUCUUGCCUGCCCCAUGUGCAGAGGGAGGAAUGUGUACCUCUUGCUGUCUCUGUCUCCUCAGUUCUCUGGAUCAAAAUUGUCUCCAUGCUUAAAGCCUUUUUUGUAUGGCCCCCGUGCUGGGGGGAGGCUUUGUUCCUACUGCAGACUGCCUCCAGCUGAUCAGUCCCUAAAUCAUGAAAGAAAAUCCACAUCCUUUCAGACUCUGUAAGAAAAUGACUGAUGAGAUGUUACCUUGAUAAGGCUGAAUGGGGGAAGAGACAAUUAUGAGCUGGUUUGUUCAAUAUAUUUAGAUCUGUUCGUUGUGUGAUGAGAGUUGCAGGUGAGAUUGAUGUAUUGUUUUGAGAAUGGGUCAAAGUAGCUUUUAUUGUGAUGAGAGCAUGAUUUGUUUCCUCCCUGCCCCCAGCCAUGUUUUGUUUUGAUGCUAUUGCAUUUCCUUGCAGCUCAACUGUGACCCUGUGGAGCUUCAAGCUGGAGUACCUACUCCACUGUUUUAACAGCAGUGCUCCAGCCUUCCUAGUGCUCUGCUUCCAGCACCACCAGACACCUCUGCCACUCUAGGGAGUGGCCUUUUUGUUUCAAGGAAGCAAAAAGGGGACAGUCUCAGUGAGAGGGCAGCUGAAAACCUUCAUCCUGUGCCACUGGUAUCACUCCUUUCUGGGAAUAGUUUCCCAGAAGAAACUACUACUGAAGAGAGCAGUAACAUCAGUGGGAAAAGAAUAAGCACUGUGGAUAGAUACAAAAGUCACACUUUUCACUUAAACCCACUCCAUUCACUUUGGCUGGGAUGUGGUUUUAGUGGCUGUUGUCUCAGGAAGAGCUUUAUUUAGAAGUGAGUGCUUCACACCAUUUGGAAGCCUGACAUUCUGGUUUUCAUAAGGUAUUAUGCUGUCAUUUAUUUAGCUGCUAAAAUCAUCAUGUGAGGGAAGAUGAUGGGAACAUUUUAAGGUCCAUUUUAAGGUGUUUCUAUUACACCAAGAAACAACUUAGUGCCCUGUUGUGUUAUGGACAUUAUCAGCCUCUGAAAUGACAUCUUUGUUGUUCCUCUGGGAAUUUGGGAAGCUGUCUGGUCUCAGAUGCUCAAACUGGCAGUACUGUUUGGAACACAAGGUAUAUUAACAUCACUGCAGUUCUCCAUAAAAGUGAUACAUUAAUUUCUGUAAUGCUCCUUUGCCAGAUAGUUCACCCACCAGGAAUGCCCAGGGGAGAGGAAACACAAUCUCUGUAGAUUUGAUGACAGUUUCCAUGUGAGAAGGUGAAUUGAUGAAAGGAUGAUGUUCUCCUGCACUCCUCUAGUGAUUACUGUAGUUUUGGAAAUCCCAGUCCUGAGUCUUCCUGGCUAGAGAGGGAUUAGCCAGCAGGAACAUACAACUAUGGAACUGCAGAAUUGUUUAUGCAGGAGGUAGCCUUUAAACAUUCCAAGAUUUAAAGUUUCAACCCUCUGCCAUGGGAAGGGAAAUCUUCCACAUAUGAGGUUGCUCUAAGUCCCUUCCAGAUGAACCUUGAACACUUGCAAGGAUGAGACAUCUGCAGCUUCUCUGGGCAACCUAUUCCAGUGUCUCACCACCUUCACAGUAAAGAAUUUCUUUCUUGUAUCUAAUCUAAAAUUACCCUCUUUUACUUGAAAAUCAAUGCCCUGGUAAAAAGUUUAUCUCCCAUCUUUCUUAUAGGUCCCUCUAGGCACUGGAAGGCUCCAAGGUCUCCACAGAGGCUUCUCCAGGCUUAACAGCCCCAACUCUCUCAACCUGUCUUUAUAGAUGAUGAGUGCCAGUCCCUCUGACCAUUUUUGUCUCUCUCCUCCAGGCCUGCUCUAACAGGAACAUGUCUUUGUGUGGGUGGCCCCGGAGUAGAACAGAGUGCUCUGUGUGGGGUCUCAAGAGAAAGGAGGAGAGGGAAAUUCCACUCUGUGGCCUGCUGGUCACUCACCUGAUGCAGCCCAGGAUAUGAGCACGUGUCCAGCCUUCACCAGUAUAAAAUCAUAGAAUUGUGGAAUGGUUUGGAGGAGACCUUAAAGAUCAUCUAGUUCCCCAAGUCCUUCUCAGGGCUCCCAGUGCAUUCUUCCCCCAGUGUGUAUCCAUACCAGGGGUUGCCCUGACUCAGGUGUAGCACCCCACACCUGGCUGUGUUGAACUCUGUGAGGUUCUCAUGGGCUCAUUCCUCAAGCCUGUCCCAGGGUCACUCUGGAUGGCAUCCCUUGCCUCCAGUGACACUGAGCCAUCUGUUGAUGCUCUGGAUGUGGCCAUCCAGCCAAUUCCUUGUCCAUCAACUAGUCCAUCCAUCAAACCCAUCUCUCCCCAGUUUAGAAACAGUGUGGGACUGUGUCAAAGGCCAGAAGUCAAGGUGUAUGACAUUAGAUGGAUUUUCCUUAUCCACCAGUGCAGUCACUCUGUCAUAGAAGGUCUCCAAGUAAGCAGGUGUGAUUUGUCCUUGGUGGAGCCAUGCCAGCUAUCUUUAAUCACUUCUCUUCUAUCCAUGUGCCUUGAGAUGGCUUCCAGGAGGAUCUUUCUGGGCACAGGAGUGAGGCUGAUUGAUCAAGAGUAUCCAAGGCCUUCUUCUUUUAUCCCUUUAGAACAGGUCUGAUGUUUCCCUUCUACCAAGUCACUGGGGACACGAAUGCCUGAGUGCCAUGACUUUUCAAACAGGGAGAGCAACUUAGCAACUGCAUUUACCUGUAUUAUGGCUGGAGAGACUAACAUUUUAAGUAUUUUCAUCUUUUUUUACCAUUAAUUGUGUGUUCUUAGGAAAAUCACAGCCCAGUUAGCAAGAGGUGGGCAGGUGGCUGCCAUCUGAGGUCUCUGAGGCCUUGAGAAGAGCUGCAGAGCUACACUACAUGCUGCUGUAAAUCAAACAUUUCAUUUCUGACAUAUGAGGAUUCGAGCAAGUUGAUGUUUUGUUAGUUUGAAAGCCUUGGCAACCCCUGUGCCAUGAAUUUCAAGGGAGCUUAGCCUGCUUUCAUUUCCAUCAGACCCAGGAAACAGUUGACAGAAAUUUGAAAGUGCAUCUGACUAUGCCAGAAAGGAGCCAAACCAGUGGUUUUACAGUUUCUGAAUACCUCUGUCUUUUAAAUCAUACUGGAAACCUGAGCAUUACAAUAUUCUCAUUUCAGUUAUGUUCUGUCCCUUAUCUCACUGUAGUUUAUUUGAUCAAGCCCUCAGGAAUGAGUUGUGUGUAUUAAAAAUACCAGUUUCAUUUAUUUGAGUCAGUUUUGUUUGUUCAGUGCUGGUACUUUAGGGCAUCUGUACACUGUGUGUAAGAAGUUGCCAUUUGUAUAUCUAGCUUAUAAAUAAGUAGUUGCAAGCUAAUUCUUUUAAGAAAACUGUUUUAAUUGUGCAAACAACUGUUUGUGAGAAUUUGGAAACAUCUCUUGAAUCCAAGUACCUGGAAAAGUAUUGAAGAUUUUAUGACUAGUGAUUCUGUGAGUUUUACCAGAUGAUAGAAGUUUCAGCUGAAGAAAAAAAAAAAGGAGGUCUUAAUUCCCUGAAAUCAGAUCUGAGCAGCAGCAACCUUGCUCCAAAAUUUUGGGUUUUGUAUCUCUCUGUACAAAUCUGCAGGAAUUUUCAGUUACUGAUCAUGUCUGUCCUCAGGCCACCUUUAUUUUUCCCAUUAGAAAUGCGUCUGCAGCAGCAGGAAAUGGACCAAAUCAAGAAGUGAGGGGUGAUUAAAGUGUCUUCACAGCUGCACAACCCUAAUGACCUGUGACUCCUGCAGCAGGGGAGCAGGGGGCCAGAGACUGACAGACAGCUUGAGAGGAGCCUCAUGUUUCAGGAGAGGAGUAAUGGUUUGUGUCUGUGCCAUCUUUCAGAACACCUGCAGAAUGCUGGCCCUGGGAAAUAAUGAGCCUGGUUAUUAUGUGGUCUCAAAUUAUAAGUUUUCCAGUGAUGAAUUUUUAUUGCUGGCAUAAAAUUAAAAUCCUUUUCUUACUGGAUAUGGAUGUCUGGGUCAUGUCAAGGACAUGGAGAGUUUUCUGGUCUUAAAAUCACAGCAUCACAACAGUGACUUGCUAAGAAAAGAGAUAAUGAGACAAUCCUGGAAAAAUUUAAAAGAACCCCUAGAGCAAAAGCAGGAUCAAGCUUUAGCAGUAGAUUUGGCUGUGCUGUCAAAAAAAAGUGAUCUUGGCUACUGAAAAAAAAGUUUUGACAUAAUUGAAUGGGAAAAAAAAUACCAAUGCUAAUGACUUCUCAUCAAUCCCUUUAAUAAUUCCUUUAAAGUACAUUGUAGAAGUUUCAAUGGGUGGCUUCAGUGUGAACAUCCUCAGAACACUCAAUUUCCACUGAAAUGGAAAAUUAACAAAAUUAGCACCCUGAAUACUUCAAAUUUUUGAGAAACUCUCAACAUUUAUAAGCUGAAACAGCUUAUAAAUGCAGCCAGAAUCACUCAGGUCUUUGUGCUGGUAUAUGAUACAGGGGACUGAAGUUUUAACAUCCUCACCUUUGUUACAGGAGUUGGGUCAGGGGUGGCAUCAGCAGUGCACCCCAGAGCUGCUGCUAGCAGAGAUCCCUGAGAAUGAGCAGUCACAAGUCAAACCUUGCCACAAACUGUUCUGGGUACAUAAACACAGCACCAGGGUGUUCAUCAUGCCUGGGCUAUUCUGAAAAUAAUUUUAAUGAUGUGGAGAUUGUUGAGAAACUGCAUGGAGCUGUCUUUUUCUCCAGGUAGCUUUCACUCUAUAUAUGGUUGAGGAUUCCUUCUUGGUCACCAAGUACAGGACUUGGAAUAUGUGGCAAUAAAUGCUAAAGGGGCUUUAGCCCAUUUUUUACUGGAGCAAACUAGAAUCCAGGAGCAAAGAUGCCUUUGGCAUCUGCCAGGUGUUGCAGAUUUCCCCCUGUAAUUCCAGAAACCUCUGUGGUUAGCAUCUCCAUCAGGCUUUGCUGGUUGUACAUGCUUUCUACAACAGCUGAGAUGUUGAAACCACCCUCAUGUCACCUGGGGCUCCUAAAGUCCCUUUCUCAUUUCCUGGAACAUUUGAAAAGGUAUCUUGCAUAAUGUGAAGGAACAGCUACCAUUCUGAUGUGAUCUCAAAAAUGCCAGCUGGAUUUACCAGCAUUAGAAACAGCAAAAAUCUAAAGAACAAAAUUAGCUAAUACUAAAGGAAGGAACCUGCCAUGAUUCCCAUGUGAAUUCUCUUGUGACCUUUAUAAUUCUUUCUGACAUUCACCCCUGCCUGCACAGGGGCCUUUGCCAGGGGAGGCCAUCACCUCCUCUCCCUUUUGCCAGUCAUUUUUUUGUCAUGCUUGUAAUGCCUCUCUGACCCCUCUGCUUUCCUUUUUCUGUUUCCAGUCAGCCUUCAGUGUGGUGCCUAGGGGUUCCAACCAGGUUGGAAGUAGAAUGAGUGGCAUUUUGCAAAAAGGCACUUUUACCCCCUAUAAAAACAAAGAUUACAGAAUGCCUGCAACAAAACCCCAAGCUCUCCAGAUAUUCUCUCAAGCCCAAACAGGGGAGUUACUGGAAACAUUUUAUAAAUUAAAGGUGAACAUUAUUUCAAAACAGGUCAGUGUUGUUUUCAGCCCCGUGGCAGCUGCAGUCAGAGCUGUGGAGUGCAAACAGCAGGAGCAAAUGCUGUCAGCUUUCAUUGUCUUUGGUGAGAGCAGUGGCAGAGAGGAGCAGCAUUUAAUGAGUCAGAAAGCAAAUGGAGUUCCAAGGUGCUAUUACCUGCAUGUGAGUUAGAAGUGUGAACUAGAAGUCGACAGGCUUGGCUUGAAAGCAAAAUUCAGUCCAGGGAAAUUUAAGCCCUGGCCCAGGGGUUCAAUCCUCUUGCUGUUUACAGAUGGGCUUGGCUUUUUUCCUGCCUCUGUUUGCUGCCUGCCACAGCCAUUUCCCAGCCAUUACACAGUGAAUGAGUGGCUUUCUUUGCUGCUGUUAUUUUACUUAGAUUGUCCUCCCCUGUAAUGAACUUCUCCAAUAUGAGGGGGUGAAGGAUGCAACAAUACUCUAUAAUGAAAAUGUAACACUUUUAUAGCUUUUUGGGAGACAUCCACAUCCCCAAUUACCAAGCAUUAUACAUUUGCCAUGCCUACAGUGUCAAAGUUGUUGCCUUUGAGUUGUCACCAUGGAGAAUAAAAGCAGGAAAAGCUCCCACCAA